AUGUCCUACAACGACGACAAAUAUUACAAUCAAGGUUACCCUUCUGAGGGCUAUCAUCCAUCCGAAGAAGCCCUUCAAUCUCAGGGAUACUAUGACCAAGGCCAAGGUCAACAACCUCAUGGAUUGAACCAAGGCGGCCUCCCCCCACAUGAAUAUUAUCAAAGCUACGACCAGCAGUUCGAUGGCUACCACCAAGAGUACACAUCUGAUCCCAACUUGGUUGGUCAUCAAGGCUACUACGAACAACCCCCCAGAACUGCUCAGGACCCAGAGGCUUUCUCAGAUUUUAGCUAUGGACCUGGAAAUGGCGCUGGAACUCCAUAUGAUGGAUAUGGGGCCCAAUACACUCCUUCUCAAAUUUCUUAUGGUGAUCCGAGAUCCUCCAACACGUCCACUCCCGUGUAUGGUGCAGGUCCAUACGAUCAGUCUGGAAUGGUAGCCUUGCCUACCGACCCCUAUCCUGCUUGGACCGCUGACAAUCAAGCCCCUGUCUCCAUUGAACAGAUUGAGGAUGUCUUCAUUGAUUUAACGAAUAAGUUCGGUUUUCAAAGAGAUUCUAUGAGAAACAUGUUCGACUAUUUUAUGGUUUUAUUGGACUCUAGAUCUUCCAGAAUGUCUCCUGCUCAGGCACUUUUGUCUUUACAUGCAGACUACAUUGGCGGUGAUCAUGCAAACUACAAAAAAUGGUACUUCGCUGCCCAAUUGGACUUGGACGAUGAAGUUGGAUUCAGAAACAUGAACCUCGGAAAGCUUUCCAGAAAGGCUAGAAAAGCCAAAAAGAAGUCGAAGAAGGCCAGAAAAGUUGUCGAAGAGCACGCCGAUGACACUGAGCGCACCUUAACCGAACUGGAAGGUGACAGCUCUUUGGAAGCUGCUGAUUAUAGAUGGAAUGCUAGAAUGAACGCAUAUGUUCCUCUCGACAGGGUUAGACACAUCGCACUUUACUUACUUCUAUGGGGUGAAGCUAACCAAGUCAGAUUUACUCCUGAAUGUUUGUGUUUCAUCUACAAGUGUGCUUCCGAUUAUCUUGAGUCUGACGCAUGUCAGCAGCGGGUCGAACCUGUUCCAGAAGGCGAUUACCUCAACCGAAUUAUCACACCUUUGUACAGAUUUAUCAGAUCGCAAGUAUACGAAGUUGACAACGGUCGUUAUGUGAAACGUGAAAAAGAUCACAAUAAAGUUGUCGGCUACGAUGAUGUUAAUCAGCUUUUCUGGUACCCAGAAGGUAUCGCUAAGAUUGUUUUUGAAGAUGGUUCUCGGUUAGUCGAUGUUCCUUCUGAAGAAAGAUAUAUCAGAUUGGGAGAAGUCCUUUGGGAAAACGUUUUUUUCAAGACUUACAAGGAAAUUCGUUCCUGGUUGCAUUUUAUUACCAAUUUCAAUCGUAUCUGGAUCAUCCAUGUUUCUCUUUUUUGGAUGUAUGCUGCCUACAAUUCACCCACUUUAUACACCAAACAUUAUAUUCAAACCCAGAACAAUCAACCCUUAGCUUCUUCUCGUUGGGCUGCAGCAGCCUUGGGAGGUACAGUUGCUUGUGCUAUUCAAAUUGCCGCAACUAUCUGUGAAUGGCUAUUUGUACCAAGAAAAUGGGCUGGAGCUCAGCAUCUGUCUAGAAGACUUAUUUUCCUGACUUUGAUUUUAGCCUGUAACUUAGCUCCGGUUGUAUUUGUGUUUGCUUGGGCUGGUUUGGAGACCUAUUCUCAGGCUGCCUACAUUGUUUCCAUUGUUGUAUUCUUUGUUGCCGUUGCUACAAUUGUGUUCUUCUCGGUGAUGCCACUAGGUGGUCUUUUUACUUCUUACAUGAAUAAGAGAUCGAGAAGAUAUGUGGCUUCGCAGACUUUUACUGCCUCAUUUGCUCAACUGAAAGGUCUAGACAUGUGGAUGUCUUACCUUCUUUGGGUUGUUGUUUUCACCGCCAAGACCCUUGAAUCCUACUUCUUCCUGAUCUUGUCUCUAAGAGACCCAAUCAGAAAUUUAUCCAUCAUGACAAUGAACCGUUGUGUUGGUGAAAGGUGGUUUGGAGACACGUUAUGUCGUGAGCAAGCUAGAAUCGUUUUGGGAUUGAUGUACGUUACAGAUUUAUUCUUGUUCUUUUUGGAUACUUACAUGUGGUACAUUUUGUGUAACUGUGUUUUUUCUGUGGGACGAUCCUUUUACUUGGGUAUCUCCAUUUUGACUCCUUGGAGGAACAUUUUUACCAGAUUGCCAAAGAGAAUAUACUCAAAGGUUUUGGCUACUACUGAUAUGGAAAUCAAGUAUAAACCAAAGGUUUUGAUUUCUCAAGUUUGGAACGCUAUUGUCAUUUCCAUGUACAGAGAGCACCUCCUUGCCAUCGAUCAUGUCCAAAAGCUAUUGUACCAUCAGGUGCCAUCUGAAAUUGAAGGAAAGAGGACAUUAAGAGCUCCAACUUUCUUUGUUUCUCAAGAUGACAAUAACUUUGACACUGAAUUUUUCCCAAGAGAUUCUGAAGCUGAACGUAGAAUAUCAUUCUUUGCUCAAUCUUUGGCCACUCCAAUUCCAGAACCUCUUCCUGUUGAUAACAUGCCCACGUUUACUGUUUUCACACCUCACUACUCCGAGAAGAUUCUUUUGUCUUUGCGUGAAAUUAUUCGUGAAGAUGAUCAGUUUUCUCGUGUUACCUUACUGGAAUAUUUGAAACAGCUACACCCAAUAGAAUGGGACUGCUUUGUCAAAGAUACCAAAAUCCUUGCUGAAGAGACUUCUGGUUUUGACAAUGACAACCAAGAAAAGAAUGGAAACAACCUGAAAUCUCAAAUUGAUGACUUGCCAUUUUAUUGUAUUGGUUUCAAGUCUGCUGCGCCAGAGUACACUUUAAGAACAAGAAUUUGGGCUUCUUUGAGAUCGCAAACUUUGUACCGUACUGUUUCUGGUUUCAUGAACUAUGCACGUGCUAUCAAGCUCUUGUAUCGUGUUGAGAAUCCAGAAAUUGUACAGAUGUUUGGAUCUAAUGCCGAAAACCUUGAAAAGGAACUUGAAAGAAUGGCCCGACGAAAAUUCAAAUUUGUUGUGGCUAUGCAAAGAUUGUCUAAGUUCAAACCUGAGGAAUUAGAAAACGCUGAGUUCUUGCUGAGGGCUUACCCUGACCUUCAAAUUGCUUACCUGGACGAAGAACCUCCUCUUAACGAGGGCGAGGAGCCUAGGUUAUACUCGGCUUUGAUUGAUGGACAUUGUGAAAUUAUGGAGAAUGGUAGAAGAAGACCUAAAUUUAGAGUUCAGCUCUCUGGUAACCCAAUUUUGGGUGAUGGUAAAUCUGACAACCAAAAUCAUUCUAUCAUCUUUACUCGUGGUGAGUACAUUCAGUUGAUUGAUGCGAACCAGGAUAACUAUUUGGAAGAAUGUUUGAAGAUUAGAUCUGUUUUGGCUGAGUUUGAGGAACUGAACAUCGACCAUGUUAACCCUUAUACUCCUGGUUUGAAAUCUGAAUUUGACGGUGUUAAACACCCUGUAGCCAUUGUGGGUGCCAGAGAAUACAUCUUCUCUGUUAACUCCGGAGUUCUGGGUGACGUUGCUGCAGGUAAGGAACAAACCUUUGGUACCCUGUUUGCUCGUACUCUGGCCCAGAUUGGUGGUAAGCUGCAUUAUGGACAUCCCGAUUUUUUGAAUAACAUAUACAUGACUACUCGUGGUGGUGUUUCUAAGGCACAGAAGGGACUACAUUUGAAUGAGGAUAUUUAUGCUGGUAUGACCGCCAUGUGUCGUGGUGGUAGAAUCAAGCAUUGUGAGUACUACCAGUGUGGUAAAGGUAGAGAUCUUGGUUUUGGCUCGAUUUUGAAUUUCACAACCAAGAUUGGUGCCGGUAUGGGUGAGCAAAUGCUUUCCCGAGAGUAUUACUACCUAGGUACACAAUUGCCACUGGACCGUUUCCUUUCAUUCUACUACGCCCAUCCUGGUUUCCAUAUUAACAAUUUAUUUAUUCAGUUGUCGCUUCAGAUGUUUAUGUUGACUUUAGUCAACCUGAACUCUUUGGCCCACGAGUCAAUUAUCUGUCAGUACAACAGAAAUAUACCCAUUACGGAUAUUAUGUAUCCUGUUGGAUGUUAUAACCUCAUGCCUACCAUUGACUGGAUUAGACGUUAUACGUUGUCCAUUUUCAUCGUUUUCUUCAUUUCUUUCAUUCCACUAGCUGUCCAAGAAUUGAUUGAAAGGGGAAUGUGGAAGGCUGCUCAGAGAUUCUGUCGUCAUUUCAUUUCUUUGUCUCCAAUGUUCGAAGUUUUUGUUGCUCAGAUCUAUUCGUCAUCUCUUGUGAACGAUUUGACCGUUGGUGGUGCUCGUUACAUCUCCACUGGUCGUGGCUUUGCAACCGCACGUAUCCCCUUCUCUGUGCUUUACUCACGUUUUGCUGACUCGUCAAUUUACAUGGGAGCUAGGUCCAUGCUGCUGUUACUGUUCGGUACUGUCGCUCACUGGCAACCAGCAUUAUUGUGGUUCUGGGCAUCAUUGUCGGCUUUGAUGUUCUCUCCAUUCAUCUUCAACCCCCACCAAUUUGCUUGGCAAGAUUACUUUAUUGACUACCGUGACUUCAUAAGAUGGUUGUCUCGUGGUAACACCAGAUGGCACCGUAACUCCUGGAUCGGUUAUGUACGUCUUUCCAGAUCUAGAAUCACCGGUUUCAAGAGGAAGACCAUUAACGACGAGUCUGAAAAGGCUGCUGGAGAUGCAGCCAGAGCUCAUCGUUCCAACAUUCUUGUUGCCGAUUUCAUUCCUUCCGCUAUUUACACUGCUGGUUGCUUUACAGCUUACACAUUCAUGAACGCUCAGAAUGGUGUUGCUAAUGCUACUGUUGUGAACUCUGUAUUGCGUAUUGUCAUUGUCUCAAUUGCUCCAAUUGUGGUCGAUCUGGCCGUGUUAGGAUUCUGUGCUGGUUUAGCUUGUUGUGCCGGUCCUAUGUUGGGUCUGUGUUGCAAGAAGACUGGUGCUGUGAUGGCUGGUGUAGCUCACGGUAUUGCUGUCGUCAUUCACAUCAUUGCUUUCAUUGGUCUAUGGGUGUUAGAGGGAUUCAACUUCACUAAAACACUGAUGGGUCUCGCAGCAAUGAUUUAUAUUCAACGUCUGAUUUUCAAGUUAAUGACUUUGACCAUGUUGACUAGAGAAUUUAAGAAUGAUCAUUCGAACACUUCAUUCUGGACUGGUAAAUGGUACGGUUCUGGACUAGGCUGGAUGGCCUGGACCCAACCAGCCCGUGAGUUUGCUGCAAAAGUUAUAGAGAUGUCUGAAUUUGCUGGUGACUUCGUUUUAGGACAUAUUCUCUUGUUCUGUCAGUUCCCUCUACUGUGUGUCCCUCUGAUUGACAGGUGGCACUCAAUGAUGUUGUUCUGGUUGAAGCCUAGUCGUCAAAUCAGACCACCAAUCUACUCGUUGAAGCAAGCUCGUCUUAGAAAGAGAAUGGUGAGAAACUACCUGACCCUCUACUUCUUGGUAUUUGCCAUCUUUGUUGCUAUCAUUGCAGGUCCUGCAGCUGCAGCUGGUCAAGUGAAUGUCGAGGAACUAACUGAACAUUUACCAGAGUUUGCUGAAGGUUUGAUUCAACCAAGACGCCAGGACAAUAACGAUACAGGAAACAACAACACCUGGGGAUGGACUUAUACACCAUCAACAUCUUCCUGGUCUACCAAGGCUUAA